CGCGCGCACACACACACACAAACCAUAUACGAGACACGGCCAUAGACCAGCCAGGAGCGAGCACUAUGGAACGAGCGAGCAGCAGCAGCGCACAGGACGAUGAGCUCAGCCUUGAGCUUACCCUGGCCGCCGUGGUGCCGGCGCCUGGCACACCGGACGGCUUCUUCCUCUGCGUCCACUGCGACCGCAAGUUCCGCAGCUCGCAGGCACUCGGCGGCCACCAGAACGCGCACAAGCAAGAGCGUGCCAUCGCCAAGCGCCGGCGAGAGGCUGCCGCGGCAGCCACCCGUGCAGAGGAAUCAAGGUCAAGGAAGGCGGGGAGGCAUGCUGCUACUGCUACUCGGAUGCCCGAGCCAGCAGACGGCAAGCAGGGCGGGAGCUCGUCCAAGCGUGGUGACGACGACGAGGUGGACUUGUCUCUCCGGCUCUAAGCAAUCCCUCCAUCGAUCUUCUAAUAUAGGAGGAUUCGUGUUAUUUCCUGCUAGGACCAAGGGCUUUGGACGGCAGCGAGGCAAGCUGGCGGAUCAAAGAGGUAAGUUGACCAUGUAUGUCAUUUGACAAAACCAUUACUGAGCAGUUACAACUACAACUACUUGUGAGUGUUUUUUUCUUACCCGGUUUUCCACCUUGUGAGUGCAAACCUCUCGCAGACACAUAUUUCCGUUAUUUUUGCUCUAUGCUAAGCAAGUCAAUGUGGUUCAGUUGUCGGGUCGGAAUUCAAGAACUCGCUAUAUUCAUUUUGAAAAAGCAUAAUCAGUCAAAUCA